AUGGGUUUUUUCAUUGCAAAGAGUGAUACAUCGCUUUUUACUUAUCGUCAUGGUAAAGAUAUGCCAUACUUACUUCUCUAUAUUGAUGAUAUUAUCUUGACUGCUUCUUCCGAUGGGUUGCGUGGGAAAAUUAUUACUCAGUUGAAAACCGAGUUUCCAAUGUCUGAUUUGGGGUAUUUGAGCUAUUUUUUGGGCAUCUCAGUGACUCGCACACCAUCUUACAUGCUUCUUUCUCAACAGAAGUAUGCACAAGAAAUUCUUGAACGUGCAGGUAUGGGUAGUUGUAACCCUGCUAUUACUCUUGUGGAGGCUAAGUCUAAACUUAGUCUUGAUUUGGGUCCUCCAGUGAAGGAUCCUACCAAAUACCGCAGCCUUGCAGGAACCAUUGAUCAUGGGUUACAUUUAUAUCCUUCUGCUACUACACGGUUGGUUACUUAUACUGAUGCGGAUUGGGCGGGUUGUCCUGACACUCGUUGUUCAACUUCUGGUUACUGUUGUUUUUUAGGUGACAAUCUCAUUUCUUGGUCAUCAAAGCGUCAAUAUACAUUAUCCAAAUCUAGUGCAGAAGCAGAAUACUGA